CCGCCUUGAGUUACCAGCUGCCUCCAAUGUCUAGUCCGGCCAGAGCGGUAUUUGUGGGCGUGGCCUUGCUGACCCUAGUGACCUGGGGUAAUGGAGAGCCAGGAACUAUUAACUACCCUUACAUGUACGGCAGGAUAGGCUACGGCAGUUAUGGCGGUUACAGUGGGUAUGGCGGCGGUUACAGUGGGUAUGGAGGUCACGGAAGUUACGGUAGCUACUACUCGCCAUACAAAGGUUACUACCCACACUACGGUUACGGCGGGGGUUACGGCGGCGGUUACGGCGGGGGUUACAAAGGGGGUUACUACAACUCAUACCCUUCCUACAGCUACAGGCACUACCCCUCCUACUACACGUACCCGACUAAAGGAGGGUAUAAUCCUUACGGACACUACUACGGAUAG